ACUUUUUUAAUCGAAGUUGCAACGAGUACUCUUGUUUUGGGUUGCACCUCCAUCCAUAUACGAGAAAAAAAACGUGUUAACUCCUCGCAGCUGGUGUACCAAAUUCUGAAAGCAACUGGGCGUCGUCGCCUUAAAGAAAAGCGUAUUUCAAGAAAUUAAAGAAUUUUGGAGAGCACCGAAUCUAUAAUCAUUACCAUCUCCUUCACGUUUAGUUUCCACUUUCAACCUGUUAAUUCACGAUUCAAACCCUAACAUCGCAAUUACAAAUCUCAAUCGCAGUUACUAUUCACAAGUUUCUAUACCAUCUUCGAAAUUUCACUUCCUGGAAGCCCUAUAUUUCAGUAAAUUGAUUAUCCGGAGCAGCAUGUUAGGGUUUCGAAAAACCGAUUUUGGAAGAAACUUGAAACCCUAAACUUAGAUUCCACAAAUCCAUGUCUGCUUGAUUUUUUGAUGUUUUGAGCCCCUGGUGUUGUCGGGUUUGGGGCUACUUGCUGCUUCCGUCAAUGGCGAUCAUUGGCGACGCGCUUCGCCAAGCGUUCAUGCCGAAGCGCGAGUACGAGAGCCUCAGGGAAGAAGAUAAAGCAUGGGGCAAACUUCAGAGACCUGUGACUGUGGCUUUUGUGUCUGUCAUCUGGCUCACAAUCAUCGUGUGCACGGUUAUCAGUUUGAAAAUUGUGUUUCCGGGUAGGGAUGGGAAGAGACCGUUCUGCGUCGAUCGCAGGCUUCAAUCUAUUCAGAUAGGCAUAAAAGGUGGCUCCGAUUCGGAUCUUUUUCCUGGCGCUUUUUAUCUUACGGACCAAGAGAUUGCUGAUUAUUACUGGAUGGUUGUGUUCAUUCCCUCGAUGAUCGUUUUCUUGAUCUCGGUUGCGUAUCUCAUCGCUGGCAUCAUUGUAGCAUAUUCUGCUCCAACAAGGCAUGGAUGCUUGAAGGUGGUUGAAAAUAAUUAUUGUGCUUCAAGACGGGGUGGUGUUCGCUGUCUAUCCAUCUUAAAUCUUAUCUUUGCUAUUAUCUUUGGUCUUCUUGCCUUGUUUCUUGGUUCAAGCCUCUUGACAUUAGUAAGCAACUGCUCUACACCUCUGUUUUGGUGCUAUGAAGUUGCAUCGUGGGGGCUGGUUAUUCUCUAUGGUGGCACUGCCUUCUUUCUGAGGAGAAAAGCAGCCACGAUUCUCGAUGAGGGAAAUUUCAGUGGUCGAAAUCUAGGGCUUGAAAUGCUGGAAGCGAAUCCCCUGGAAGUCACACCAGAGGUGGAAAGGAGGGUUAAUGAAGGGUUUAAAGCAUGGAUGGGUUCAUCCCUUCUUUCUUCUGAUGAAGAAGAUGAACCUGACAGUUAUGAUGAGGCACCUCAUUUCACACACACUAACACAAACAAGCAAAGGCUCUGAACUGGAUAAAUUCAGUGUCAAGAGCUUCACUUCAUCCUUUCCAGCCUUUUCAUGCCUUAAAGAAUGCUGUGAUGGUAUGGAAAUCAGUUUUGGACGAAAAAGAGAUUUGAAAUGUAUCAUAUAACAAAUACAAAUGUUGGUUAAAAGGAGUAUGGAUUUGAUGGUUCAUUGAACUGUGUUUCAUCUGCUCCAUUAAGUAAUCUCUGUAGUCAUGUUUGUGAAUAAUAAUUAAAUUGUGAAUGACCAAGCUUUGACUUCCUAAGGUGACGGGAAAGCGUUCGCUGAACCGUUCUCGCCGUUCUUCUCCAUCUAGUCUUGUUUUUAUUUGUAUUUUGGACAUGGUUUGUGCACUUCAUUUCAAAGUGCUUUCGACUAAAAAACUCGAGCUGCUUAAUAGAUAAUGCCAUUUUUGACUUGCUUCCUUGUCGACGUGAGAAGUUGAUCAUAGACGGGUUUUGAAACUUAAAAGGGGUCGUGAUAGUUAAGUUUGAAAGCAUGCUGCUGAUCUCCUGGAAGGCAAGUAACCAAGCAGCAAGCAUUCAAAAAGCUUCUUUCUUUUAAUUUAAAAAACCCCAGGAUACAGUAAUACAUUGUUUAAUGUUGCCAGAGGAGAUGGGAGAAAAAAAAAAAAACGAGGGAAUGAUUUUAAAAAUCUGAGCAACUAAGUUUUAUUAUUAUUAUUUGGGCCUAUUAUAAUACUGUUGUUUUCAUAGUUCUU